AUGGCUGCUAACGAUCCUGGUCUUGCGCCUCUCAGCGCGCCGGCGGAGGAUCCUAUCAAAGGCGCUGUCAACGUUCCCAUCGACACGGAGAUACCGGUCGCGCCUGAUCAAUUUGAUCCCAGAUACGAAACGACCAGGAAGGAGAUCUGGGCCUACUACUCUUACUAUAUUGGCGACAAUGGACUCACCCUUUUCAACUUCGGCCCUACAGCUUUCCAGAACCUGAUGUACCAAGCUGCGGGAGACUCUGAGAUACUCCAUUUCAUGGGGCGAGAUAGGACAAUCAACAGUAUUGUACUUCUGUGCAAUGGCAUCAGUUUCGCUAUCCAGAUCGUGGUCUUUCUUAUUCUGGGUUCCUUCGCGGAUUUCGGCACAUGGCGACCUAACAUCUUGAUUGUGCUGUCCAUGAUCGCUUUCGGUAUCGGUUUUGGUUGGCUGGGUGUGCACACCGAGCAGGACUGGCAUAUCGGCGUUGGACUUUACAUUGUCGGUCUCAUUGCUUAUCAAACGACUGUUACCUUCUGGACCGCCGCGUUUCCAGGCCUGGCAAGGAACACCAAGGCCUUACGGAUCAAGGCUGAUGAGUUUGCUGAUGGACAGAUCACUCGCGCGGAGUAUGACUUCGCAGACAUGAUGGAGAGGAACAAGCUCUCCAACACGGCCUUCUACAUACAGUCCAUAUUCGAAAUCGCUAUCCUGGCUGUCAUCGUAGGUAUCAUGUUUGGCCUGCACGUCAACGAUAGCGAAGCGAACAACAACUGGGGUAUCUCUGUGCUCAUCGCUUUCGCUACGGGCGUUUGGAUCCUGUGUGCUAUUCCGUGGUUUGUGCUGGAAAAACGACGCCCUGGCCAAGAUCCUGGGCGAACGAACAUCAUCCUUGCAGGAUUCAAGCAGCUCGGUUAUGCGAUCAGUCAGAUUUGGCAGCUGCGUCAGAGUCUGGCGUAUCUCGUUGGCUACUUCCUGCUUGGCGACAGCCUCAACACCACUGUGACGGUGAUUGGAACACUGCAAAACGAGAUUGUGGCGUACAACAGCUUGCAGCUCGCUUACUUGCUCAUCGUCGGUAUUGCUGCGCAGGCGGUUGGUAUCGGAGCAUUUUGGCAAAUUCAGAAGCGCUACAGACUCUCCACGAAGACGAUGUUCAUGGUCGUUGCCGUAUGCAUUGUUCUGCUCGACGGCUGGGGUAUGAUCGGAAUCUGGACCCAAUCCUUUGGCUUUCACAAGACCUGGGAGGUCUGGGUAUACCAAGCCUUCUACGGUCUGCUCGUUUGUCCCUGGUACAGCUACUCGCAGACCAUGAUCAGUGAAGUGACGCCGCGCGGCAAGGAGUUCCUGUUCUUCAGUCUGUUUUCGAUUGUUGGCAAGACAAGUGCGUUCAUCGGUCCGUUGGUGAGUAGCGCCAUCAUCGAUGAUACCGGGAAUAACAGCAGUCCGUUCUACUUUCUGUUUGCACUCAGUUUGGUUAGCUGUGCAUGGCUUUAUUUCUUUGUGGAUGUAGACAAGAGCAGAGUGGAGCAGCAGGACUUCUUGGAGAAGGAGCAGAGUGGUAGAGCGGAGGUGAUCAGAGUUUGA